ACUCCAAAGUGGGUUUACAAUUCAAAGCAGUACCAAUUCAUUUCCAAACUGGACCUCUUUAUGUGGCGAAACAGUACGAAAAGCGAAUGUUUAGCCACUAUUACCAACGGUAAACUUCGACUUUAGUUCGCUAGAGAGUGAAGGAAUGGAGAGGAAUCCUCUCAACUACGCUCGUUACUCUUUGUGCUCUCUCACCUGUAGCUAAGAUACUAGCCCUCCUCUGCCGCCAGGGUAGCCCUCGCCAUUGGCGGACGCGUCAUGGGGGAAGUGCUGCUCCUCUGGAAGAAGUCACCCGCUACUGCCAUAAACACCGUAGGGGAGCGACGAAGAUAACGAACGGGCACUUCUAGUUCGCCCCCUUGUGAGCAUGGACUUCCACGAGGAGUCGUCGCCCGCAUUGGCGUUCGAAAAGGACGCCUUCGAGCUGACUGUGGAGGACGUGUACGACAUCUCGUACGUUGUCGGACGAGACUUGUUGAGGAUCAGCCGUACGGGCGAAGAGGUGUCCGACCUCCAAUUUCGCAUAGUCCGCGUGCUGGAGAUGUUCGAGACGAUGGUCAACAAGUACAACUUGUCCCUGGAGGAGCUGAAAAUGGAGCGGGACAACCUCAAGAGCGAAUUGGACCGCGUCGUCACGGAAAGCUCCACCGGGCAGGAAACGCAAGCGGUGGGAGCCAAUCAAAUGGUUGUGGACCUGAGCGACCCCAACAGGCCUCGCUUCACCAUGCAGGAGCUGAAGGAGGUCCUACAGGAGAGGAACCAGCUGAAGGCCCAGCUCAUGGUGGCCCAAGAGGAGCUGCAACUCUACAAGAGUGGAAUUCUUCCACAGGGCAAAUCGGCCAUGGUGGAAGUGGACCUGGACGCGCCAGCUCAGAACGGAGCGGCCGCGAUCAACGAUGCAAAAGAGGAGAAGACCACCAUUGGAAAACUGUUUUCAUUUCGACGGAAGUAAGACAAGAAGACAAAGAAGAGACCCUGGCGAGACUGGAUUGUAUGCAAGGUUUCCAGAACCACUUUUAUAUAUUUUUUUGUACUCUUGUAAAGUGAACACAUUGCCUUUAUUGUAAAUGUACAACAAAGGUUUUAGUUCUUCUUGUGGGGCAAAUCAUUAGGUACACCUGCAUCUUCUACAAGACCUGAUCAGUAUUGCCUUGAGACGCAAAGGCCGUGAAUCUGAAAUACGAGCGCAAUAUGAUGGCACUGGACUCACUUGACAAGAAGGAGCACUUUGGCAAAUGGCGAGCAAUUCUUCAGAAAG